AUGAUAGGUAUAUUCAGAAUCGGGAUACCUGUUGCUAUUUCAGGCAUUGUAUGCUUUUCUAUGAAAAAGCCUCUCCUUAACGAUAGUAAACGAGAUUUUUAUGCUGAUAACACAGGAGAUAUUGCACCAGGAAACCCGUUGAAAGAAAGUUCAGAAUUGGAAAAGCUGAUGCUGAUUAAAAAUGCGCCUAAACAAUCGGUCCUUGAAAAAUGCACUAGAAUCACGAGGAUUUAUCUUGACAAAGCAUUUUCGGCUUUAAGGAAGACGUAUAUUGAACAGACAGAUAAAUAUUUUAGGAACGAAAGGCAGACAAUGCGCACAUUAUCGAGCCUUCAUGAUAAACAGGAAACUUUAUGGCCAAAUACCUUAUAUAUCUUAACAGGAAUUCUUACUGGUGUUGUUUUCACUAGAAGAUCAAACUUUAUAUUUAAAGGAAUUGUGCCUAUUGCUUGCGGAAUUACUGCUUAUGCUAUUUUCAUGCCCUCGACAUUCAAAAGAUCCAGCGGAUAUAUUCUUGGUCUUGAAAAAAAUAGAUUACCCAGGGUAUAUAGUAAGCAAGCGGAGCUAGCCUUUUCAACCGAAGAGCUAAUUAAGAAGUCACAGAAGCUUAAGGAAGAAAAUAUUAAACAGGUAAACUCGUACUACGAUAGAACUAGAAAAAGCAUAGGCGAGGCUGCUGGAUUGACAGUGGAUGCCUCCAUCUCUGACAAAAAAGCGUGA